AUGGCGGACUACAUGCGGAAAGGGUAUAUUCGCAAGCUGACGGCGGACGAAAGCAAGAAGACGGGAGAUAGAACAUGGUACCUACCGAUCUUCCCGGUGUUUAACCCUAACAAACCAGGGAAAGUUAGGAUUGUUUUCGACGCUGCUGCUUCAUUCGGAGGAGUCUCCUUGAACUCUGUAUUAAUGAAGGGUCCAGAUCAGCUCAACAGCCUACCACCUGUGCUGUAUAAGUUCCGAGAGCGGUUGGUAGGUUUGGGGGGAGAUGUUGCAGAGAUGUUUCAUCAGAUGCGUAUGAAUGUCAAAGAUGCGGAUAGUCAACGGAUUGUAUGGUUCGCCAAUAACGAGACAACGGAGCCAUGUGAUUAUGUUCUGCAGGUAGUGUCAUUCGGUGCAACAUGUUCACCCAGCACCGCACUCUUCGUCCUGAAUAAUAACGCUACCCGAUUCGAGAGUAAAUAUCCUGCCGCCGUUGAUGCUAUCCACCACCGGCACUACGUUGACGAUAUGUUAACAAGUGUAGACACCGAGGAAGAUGCUAUUCAAUUGGCAAAAGAUGUUCGAUACAUUCAUCUGCAAGGAGAAGCAAUUGCUGAAAACCCUAGUCAUGAAAAAUCGAUGGAAAUGAACGCCGACCUUGUUAUGGAGAAGGUUUUAGGCAUGUGGUGGAGCACUACGACAGAUGUAUUCCGAUACAAGCUCUGCACGGACCGCAACCGAGAUAUUCUACUAGGAACGAAGCAUCCAACCAAAAGGGAUAUGCUCCGAAUGCUGAUGGCCAUCUACGACCCUUUGGGUCUUAUUGGAAACUAUCUAAUGUACUUAAAAGUACUUCUGCAGGAGGUCUGGAGAGCAAGAACAGGAUGGGAUGAAGAAAUCGGAAAAAAGGAGCUAGAAAAAUGGCACACAUGGUUGCUGAUUAUGCCGGAACUGCAAUCGGUUGAAAUUCCUCGUUGCUACUACCAGGCAGAAAGUAUUGACGAAGCAAGAAUCGAACUUCAUACGUUCGUCGAUGCAAGUGAGCUAGGGUACGCAGCGGUUUCUUAUUACCGGUUUGAGAAGAACGAACGCAUCCAUUGCGCACUAGUAGGCAGCAAGACUCGAGUAGCUCCUCUUAAGUUUGUCUCUAUUCCCCGGCUAGAACUGCAAGCGGCAGUCAUAGGCACACGUUUGGCCGUGAGUAUCGAAGCUGGACAUUCCAUUAAAGUAGAGCGCCGAUACUUCUGGACAGAUGCUCGAUCCUUCCGCGUGGGUGAAAUAUUAGAGUUGACAGAAGUUAACGAAUGGAGAUGGCUAAGCAGUAAAUCCAACGUAGCUGACGAUGGCACAAAGUGGAAGAAUAAACCGGAUCUAUCGUCGGGAAGCCGUUGGUUUAAUGGGCCCUCAUUUUUGUGGAAAUCCAAAGAUGAAUGGCCGGACUGUUCACUGAAUAACGUAGAAACCUCUGAAGAGAUUCGCUCGAGCGUAUUACAUCACUCAGAAGAAAGUGUUAGUAGCAUUCUAUUGCCACAGGACUACUCUUCGUGGAAUCAUCUGCGACGCGUGACUGCCUUCGUUCAAAGAUUCGUAGGUAACGUUAAAUUGAAAAUAAGUGGCCAACAACUCAACGCUGGACCGCUCACCCAGAAGGAACUUCACAUGGCGGAGAUUUUUCAAAUUAAGCGAGCACAGAAGGAAGUGUUCUCAGACGAAUUAGCGAUAAUCGCAAUUGAACACCGUCGUCUUCAUAAGAAAAAUGCCCUGUAUAAGCUCAGCCCGUUUAUCGACGAGCAGGGCCUCAUGCGGAUCAAUAGUCGGUUGAGCGAAUGUGACUUUCUGGACAAAAACACCAAGUAUCCCAUCGUACUCCCAAGAGACCAUCCAGUCACAUCCCUCAUUGUGCGUGAAGUUCAUCUACGUUAUCAUCACCAAUGUCACGAGACUUGCAUAAACGAAGUACGUAAGCGAUUCCACAUUCCACGAGUUCGCGCUGUUUAUGAUCGAGUUCGACGAGGUUGUCAAGUCUGCAAAUUACAACGUGCUGAACCUGCCCCACCAACCAUGGCCCCUCUACCAAAAGCCAGAUUGGCAGCCUUUGUUCGCCCGUUUUCAUAUGUGGGUGUUGACUUUUUUGGGCCCUUUUUUGUAGUCGUCGGUCGUCAUCAUGAAAAGCGCUGGGGCGUCAUUGUAACAUGUCUCACGACCAGAGCAAUACAUCUCGAGCUGGCAGCCUCGUUGAAUACAAGCUCGUGUAUCCUUGCCCUGAAUAGCUGUUUUGCUCGACGAGGGACUCCAAUCGAAAUUGUUAGCGAUCGUGGUACAAAUUUCGUGGGUGCGGACAAAGAGUUAAAAGAAGCAGUAGCGGCGAUGGAAUAUGACAAUCUAGUGACAGAAUUCACAUCGCCAAAAACAUCAUGGCGUUUCAACCCCCCUGCGUCGCCUCAUAUGGGGGGUUGUUGGGAGCGCCUCAUACAAUCAGUAAAAAAGGUCCUAACUAAAGUAAAGCCAUCGCGAGUACCUACCGAAGAAGUGUUGAGGAGCUAUCUGGUUGAAGUGGAAAACAUCAUCAACAGCCGACCAUUAACACACGUGCCCGUAGAUGACUGUUCGUCACCGGCGCUAACACCCAACCAUUUUUUAUUGGGAUCAUUGGAUGGGUCGAAACCGUUGGUUCCAUACGAUGAUUGCCCAUUGGCAAUGCUGCGUUCCUGGAAAGCCUCGCAGGUCCUCGCCAACCAUUUUUGGAAGUGGUGGGUAGUAGAAUAUCUUCCCACAAUUACCCGUCGAGCAAAAUGGUUUUAUCCAGUGCGACCCAUUGCGGUAGGAGAAAUCGUAGUAAUAGCUGAUUCGGCGCUGCCGAAAAACUGUUACCCUAAAGGCAGGGUGAUGUCGAUGAAGACUUCCAUAGAUGGGCAAGUUCGGUCGGCAGUUGUCCAGACUGCUUCUGGAUUAUACGAGCGGCCCGCAGUUAAACUGGCUAUUUUAGACAUAGGUGCAGAAAGGAGUAAGCCGGACCUAGGUUCACCUACUGAGGGGGACUGUUGCGUACACCCAUUACGCGAACCCGCACCUACGGAUCAACCGCAAUGA